CCCGUGCCUCGCGUCGACAAGGUUUUCGAAAUUCUACAGUUUUUCUUCCGCUCCGCCUUCGAUCUCGAAACCUGUCGCAGGAACCAGCCGUCCCGAUUCUAGCCCGAUCCAGAUCGCGCGGGUCAGUAGCGAGCACAACCCACCUCUGCUUUUCGAGGCUUCGUUUUUCAGGGAGAGAAAGAGAGACAGGCGAAAAUGGACCCUGAUGCGGUUAAAUCCACCCUCUCCAAUUUGGCAUUUGGGAAUGUAAUGGCUGCCGCCGCUCGCGAUUAUCAAAAGGAGGUACUGGCCCAGCAGAAAGCUCAAACUUCCACUUCUACCCACCAGGAGGUUGAUCUUGAUGAGUUGAUGGAUGAUCCUGAACUGGAAAAAUUGCAUGCUGAUCGGAUUGCAGCCCUCAAGAAAGAAGCUGAGAAGCGCCAAGCAUUGAAGCGGCAGGGACAUGGUGAAUACAGGGAGAUAACCGAGGGUGAUUUCUUGGGCGAAGUCACCGGGAGUGAAAAAGUGAUCUGUCACUUUUAUCACCGAGAGUUUUACCGUUGCAAAAUAAUGGAUAAGCAUUUGAAGACACUUGCUUCAAAGCAUUUGGAUACGAAGUUCACCAAGCUUGAUGCAGAGAAUGCGCCCUUUUUUGUGACCAAACUAGGAAUCAAAACAUUGCCUUGCGUCAUACUUUUCAGGAAAGGGAUCGCAGAAGAUAGACUAGUGGGAUUUCAAGAUCUUGGAGGGAAAGAUGAUUUUUCUACAAGGGCACUGGAGGCUCUUCUUAUAAAGAAAGGCAUAGUUAGUGAGAAGAAGGACAAUGAAGACAAUGAAGAUAGCGAAUAUCUGGAAAAUAGGCACAGAAGUGUGAGAUCUUCUGUGGAUCCAGAUUCCGAUUCUGACUAAAUGGAAAGCAAAUGCAAGCUCUUUUCUCCAAGAUUUUGUAGCUUUCACCGGCAACAUGUUGUAUAAUUGUUCUCAUAUUUUUGUUUGCUAUCAUGUUUUCACCAAUCAAAUGCAGUUGAUAUGCAUUUCCCGAAAGUCUGAUGCUUGAUGCUGUAUAAGAGAAAACCAGAUGCAGCUUUUUCUUGAAAUAUUGUUGCUUCCAUACCACAUGUUUGUAUGACUAUGUCACAUUUGUUAUGCUUUCGCCAUUCAAAUGCAAUCACCUGCAACUGUUGCUCUA